GGCCGGCGGCGCGCGGCGGUUGGUGCACCUGCGGCCUCGCGGCGCCCGGGCCCGGCUCUGCGCCUCGGGAGGCGGGCGGCGGGCGGCAGGAUGGCGGGAGCCCCCGCGCCGGGCGGCAGGCGGCGGGGCGGGUCCCUGGCGCCCGGCCUCGGCCCGGCGCCCAGCAGCGGGCAGCCCCCGAGCAAGCGGGCGCGGGGCCUCCCCUCGGCAGCAGCCCCGGACCCCGAAGACCCGUUCGGCCUUCACGGGGACUUCACGGCGGACGACCUGGAGGAGCUCGACAUCCUGGCGUCGCAGGCCCUGAGCCAGUGCCCGCCCGCGGCCCGGGGCGCGUCCAGUGUUCAUGGCGCCCCCAGAUCAGAUGGGAUGUCCAGAGGCCCUGCAGGGAGGAGCAGGGAGAGUGCUGCAGUCAAAGAUAAUUUUGAAUUAGAGUUACUUCAGGCCCAAUACAAAGAACUUAAAGAAAAGAUGAAGGCCAUGGAAGAAGAAGUUCUCAUUAAAAAUGGAGAAAUUAAAAUUCUGCGGGACUCCCUGCAUCAGACAGAAUCCGUUUUAGAGGAGCAGAGGAGAUCGCAGUUCCUGCUGGAGCAGGAGAAGGCGCAGGCGCUCAGCGACAGGGAGCGGGAGUUCUGCAGAAAGCUCCAGUCGCUGCAGUCUGAGCUCCAGUUUAAAGAUGCGGAGAUGAAUGAGUUAAGGACAAAGCUUCAGUGCAGCGAGCGAGCCCAUAGGCCAGCUGUUCCCUCCACUUCCCACGGCAGUCCCAGGAAAAGCCCGUCUGUGGCCCUAAAGCCGGAGGCGUGUUCUCCACGGUUUGGGAAACCACCUUUCCCCACAAAGGAGUCUUUCAGUGCCAACACGUCCUUCCCCCAGCCCUGCCCCACAGAGCCAGGCUUCACGUCGCUGGCGGGCCGAGAGGAAAAUAAGACCCACAGUCUGGGCGGUGACCCCACAAAGCAAGAAGAGUCCCAAAAGAGUCUUGUUGGCAGCCUGAUGCGGAGAUCAAACACUCGAGGCUCCAUUUUGAUAAACCUUCUCCUGAAGCAGCCCUUGAUCCCAGGGUCACCCCUUGGUCUGUGCCACCUCCUGAGCUGUGGUUCUGAGGCUCCCACCAGCACCCUGCUGCAGCCCCUGGGGCUUGGCAGCGCCGGGGCUGCGGUUUCAGGCCUGAGGACCACGGGCUCGCGCGAUGGGCCGUUCCCCCUCUCGGCCCUCCGAGAAGCACAGAGCCUGGCGCUGACGGGACUGAACCUGGUCGCCAGGGAAGAGGACUCCUGUGACGGGGCCCCGGCCGAGGGGGGCCCAGGGGCCUCCCCGCUCUGCCAGCUUCCCGGAGCCGUGCACCUGCUCCCCCUGGUGCAGUUCUUCGUCGGCGCACACUGCCAGGCGCUGCAGGACUCGGCAGCAGCCAGGAGGAGCGGCACACCGGGGGGCUCGCCCUCGCGCUCCUCCUGCGGGGGCUCCGGGGCGGAGGCCAGCGCCGAGGACUCCCUGUGCAGCCUGGAGAGCUGCUGUGUGGCCUCGCUGGGCGUCCUCCAGCACCUGGUGUGCCACAGCGGGGCCGUGGUCCGCCGCCUGCUGUCCGGAGCGGGGGCGGGCUCUGCUGCUGGGGAAGGAAGCCAGAGCCCGCGUCCCCCCGGGGAGGCCACCUCGGCCGCCGGGGGCCUUGCCGGGGACCAAGGCCGGCACCCCCUGCUGGAGACGCUGCUCCGCCUGCUAGCUUUCUCUUCUGCAGCGACAGGGCACCCUCAGGCCAGCCUCCUGGGCCCGUGCCUUACGGUGCUGGUGACAUCGGCUGAAAACUCUCCCCGUGAGCUCUUGCCCAGGUUCCAGUGUGUCUUCCCGCUGCUGCCACGGUGCCUCCGCCCAGACGUAGCCCUGCCCAGCGUGCUGCUGGCGGUGAAGCUGCUGGCCCUCCUGGCGGACCACGAGACCCUGGCCCCUCAGCUCUGCUCCCGCUCGGAAGGCUGCCUCCUGCUGCUGCUGUACACAUACGUCACCUCCAGGCCCGACCGCGCGGCCACGGACACACAGUGGCUCCACCUGGAGCAAGAGGCCGUGUGGCUCCUGGCUAAGCUGGGCGUACAGAGUCCCUCGUCCCCGGUGACCGGCUCCAGCUGCCAGUGCAACGUGGAGGUGGUCCGGGCGCUCACUGCGGUGCUGCACAGACAGUGGCUGACCGUGCGGAGGGCGGGCCGGGCCCCGAGGACGGCGCGGCAGAGGCGCACGGUGCGGUGCCUGCGGGACGCGGCGCUGCUGCUGCACAGCCUGUCCCAGAAGGACAAGCGCUUCGCCGUGCACUGCGUGGGCGCCCUGCACCAGUACGACCAGGCGGUGCCCGGCGUCAGCGCGCUCAUCCGCAGUCUCCCCGACGUCACCGACUGCGAAGAGGCUGCCCUGGAUGACCUCUGUGCGGCGGAGCCCGACGCGGAUGACCCCGACGUGGACUGCGGCUGAGGUCCGAGAACGCGCCCGCAGCACCGGGGCUCCCUCCAGGGCUGAUUAAAGCAGAGCCCUGAGAAC